AUGAGAGUGGAUGCACAUCGUUCACAUUUGAAAUCUCAGAUACUAUCUUGGAACUCCAAGAUCUUCAAAGGUUUGAUCGGAAAGAACCGGAAGCUUACUGAUCCAACGCUUCAAUCUGUUUCUGGAAACGAAGCCGCGAGUGAGAUCUGUUUGGAGGACACAAUUCCAGUCGAAGAUCUUCGCGAGCUUCUUCAUUACAUUUACUUCCCCUUCGAGCCAGUCGAUGAACACAAUUUAAAACAAUUACUUCAUUGGGGGAAGAAGUUCGAAGUGAAUCAUAUCGUUCAAUUGUGCCAACAGUUCAUGGAAUCAAUGUUGAAGAACCCUCAAACAACCGAGGACAGCAAACGCGAGAUCUUCCUUCUGUCUUGGAAAUACUCUAUUGAACCAUUGAAGAAGAUUUAUGCUAUCAAUGUAAUUCCUCAUAACUCUGCAGGCUGGAUGAAGAACAUAGUUCGAAGUGAGCUCUAUCAGGACAUGGACAACGAGCUGAAACCAAAGAUGUGGGAGUUCCUGAUUGAAAAAUCUAAAUGCUUAUAG